AUGCUGGGCGCCAAAACUGAUGGUGAGACCAUUCUGAAAGGCCUCCAGUCCAUUUUCCAGGAGCAGGGGAUGAUGGAGUCGGUGCACACCUGGCAGGACCAUGGCUAUUUAGCGACCUACGUAAACAAAAAUGGCAGCUUUGCCAAUUUGAGAAUUUACCCACAUGGAUUGGUGUUGCUGGACCUUCAGAGUUACGACGGUGAUGCGCAAGGCAAAGAAGUUGACAGUCUUUUGAACAAAGUAGAAGAAAGAAUGAAAGAAUUGAGUCAGGACAGUACUGAGCGGGUGAAGCGAUUACCACCCAUAGUUCGAGGAGGGGCCAUUGACAGAUACUGGCCCACUGCAGAUGGCCGCCUGGUUGAGUACGACAUAGAUGAAGUGGUGUAUGAUGAAGACUCACCUUACCAGAACAUUAAAAUUUUACACUCAAAACAAUUUGGAAAUAUUCUCAUCCUCAGUGGGGAUGUUAAUUUGGCGGAAAGUGAUCUGGCGUAUACCCGGGCCAUCAUGGGCAGUGGCAAAGAAGAUUACACUGGCAAAGAUGUACUGAUUCUAGGAGGCGGAGAUGGGGGCAUAUUAUGUGAAAUAGUCAAACUGAAACCAAAGAUGGUCACUAUGGUAGAGAUUGACCAAAUGGUGAUUGACGGAUGUAAGAAAUACAUGCGAAAAACAUGUGGUGAUGUCCUAGACAAUCUUAAAGGAGACUGCUAUCAGGUUCUAAUAGAAGACUGUAUUCCAGUACUGAAGAGGUACGCCAAAGAAGGGAGAGAGUUUGAUUAUGUGAUUAAUGAUUUGACAGCUGUUCCAAUCUCCACAUCUCCGGAAGAAGAUUCCACAUGGGAGUUUCUCAGACUGAUUCUUGACCUCUCAAUGAAAGUAUUGAAACAGGAUGGGAAAUAUUUUACACAGGGGAACUGUGUCAAUUUGACUGAAGCCCUGUCACUCUAUGAAGAACAGCUGGGGCACCUGUAUUGUCCUGUGGAAUUCUCGAAGGAGAUUGUCUGUGUCCCUUCAUACUUGGAAUUGUGGGUAUUUUACACUGUUUGGAAGAAAGCUAAACCUUGAAAAUCAAUUUCCCCUAAUCGUGUGUGCUGCAAAUAGCCUUCCUGACCUUCAUAUGCUGUACAUGACAUCGAAAGGAGUCAGGCAAUUAAUUGUGAAUUCCUUCAAGUUUCCUUUUUUUAAUUAUUUUUUAAUUUAAAAAUCAAAUGGAAAAUGUAUAUUUUGAUGAACUAGGGUGUUAUUUUUUUGAAGGAUGAUUAGACAGCACAGUGAAGGCUGCUAAAUGCACUGAACCUCUAGAAUGUGAUUUUUGUUUUUGUUUUUGUUUUUCUGUGUGGGCUUCUUUUGUUUCUGUUUUGGUAGACUUCGAGUUUGAUUGUUUGGAGGAAUGAACAUCAUUGUUUUCUUCUGGAGGGAAGCUCUUGACGGGAGUUUCUUUUCCCCCCAAAUUGACAUACGUAUUAAAAUUGGGUGCUUAUAAGGAAAGACUUUAAAAAAUGAAUAGCAAUGCUUUGAUUAAAAUUACAAAUGAGAAA